UCAUGAGAUCAUUCACAAGCUGUCAAGCUACAGACAUGGACUGGUUGUUUUGGUUUUCUCUCCUGCUCACCCACCUGCUAGUAACAGAGAGCAUGGGAAUAGCAGAAGGCUGCUUAACACAGCCAGUGAAGGAGAUCUGGAGGAAAGUUGGACAAGAUGCUGUUGUGCCUUGUAAUGUCAGUUUACACUGCUCAGCCACAGGCUUGCAUUAUGAGUGGUUCGUUUUCAAAGAAACCUCCCAUCCUCGUCUCAACCUGCGGAAUCCUGUCAAAUAUUCCCUGGACGGAGCAUUUUUACACAUCAGGUCACUCAAUGCUAAUGACAGUGGGAUCUACCACUGUGCUGCAGUAUGGCCUGGACAACCAGCAAACGGCACACAGCAUGUAGGGGUGGGCACAACUCUUAUAGUGAAAGGAGAAAUUAAAACAAUGGCAAGGCACAUUCUUCUGUUGUUAUCAUUUGUCCUCUUGGUCAUCUACAGCAUGGCAGUAGUGGCACUUAUCAUUUUAAAGUGUGGCUGCAAUAUGAGUUUCCGCAAAAGGAUGUGCAAAACUGGCAAGAUUAAUCACGGAAGUAAAAAAACACAAUUUCGAGAUGUGCUGCGAGAAAUGAACAACAGAAGGAAUCAGGAGACAGACAAACAAACUGCAGUCAGAAACCAUUCUCAAGUGGAGGCUUCAAGUCCUGAAGUGAACAGCUCAACCGAUGACAUCUAUCAAAAUGUCUAAGUGUCGGAAAAGGAUAUUAAAUGAUAGAGUCGGGCCUCCAUUGUCUGGAUUGAGAGGAAAUUCCAAAGCCAUGAAACACCUGACAAAAGGACACUCGUGACUGUGGAAAUGAACAUAAACGCAGAGGAUGCUAGUCAGUUGUGUGCUUGCUCACCUUUUCUCAUGAAGUGAGAUAUAAAUACCAGUACAAAGGUGCUGAGUCAUUAUUCCUUCUCUUUUUCAGCUUCAGCAGUGAUCUUAUGGCAUUUGUAAAGCCUACCUACAUUCUGUUGAUUAUCAAUUUUGGAAGACAUUCAAGAAUUUCUCCUCAGAAACCAGGUCAGUGUAUACCUGGAAAAACGAGAACAUCCAAUUCGUGAUGUAGCUGAGUCACAUGUAAUUUAAAUGCAGUAUUUUGCAGAUUUUAAUGCAGAAACUUCCUCCAUAUAUUUAGGAUAAUAAGCCCUUUGAUAGAAAAACAAUAUUUAUGAAUGGUGCUUUCAGGAAUAGAGAGUAAAAAGUAGCCCAUGUAAUUUACAUUUUCAGGAUACACAGAUCACGUUGGCAUCAUGUCGUUGUCAGGACAAACUUCACCAGCAGGGAUUACAGUAUGCUUCGCUUUGAGGGUUCAAACUGCCGUUUAAAAAUAGCACUUUACAUCAAAAUGAUUUAAAUUAAUCCACUCCUUCUUGACACAUAAGGAAAUUGCAAACUUGCAAACAUGUAAAAAUAUAGGUCAUAUUCAGGUUGUAGUUGUGUAGAAAUACAUUUAAUAAAAAAAAAAAAAAAAA